AAUUACGUUUAUUUCGUGUUUGAUUCGCUACAGAGUUUAUGAGGCUCCAUUUAAACAUCCUGAACAAUUUUUUUUAGUGAGUUAUCCCUUUAAACUUGCUGAAUCUUCUUUGUGGGCGGAAGGGCGGGGACUGAAUUUGACGAGUUGCUCAACUGGAGUCAUAUUUGUGCAUUGAAGAGGAUCUCGGAACAUUAUCCUUUCUUGGACAUGGAUGAUUUUGUUUGUAACAAACUAAGGGAGUGGGGUCUCAGCAGGUUGAUACAGACUUUUAAAGAUGAAGAAAUCGAUGAGGUCCACUUUUACAAUCUUGAGGAUGAAGAGAUCAAAGAAUUGAUCCCAAAAGUUGGACCAAGGAAAACAUUCAAGCGACAAUUCAAGUUGUUAAAGGUUUUGCCAUCCACCAGUGAUGCAAAUGAUACAAGAAACAUGGAUAUGAAUCCUAGAGAGGAGUCCAGCCAAUGCCAGUCACCAAGUGUUAAACGUAAAAGGCCGAACUGUGCAGCAGAGGAAUCCAUAAUGUGGGAAGUGCACGACAUAAUGAAAGACGUCAAGAAAAAAAUUCCAAAUGAAGAGGAGUCAGAGCUCAAUGAUUUCCUGAAGAAUAAAAUCUCUGAUUUGGAGACAAGAAAAAGGAUGCUGGUCGGUGUCUUUGGAAAAACCGGGGCUGGAAAGAGCUCUUUGAUAAAUGCCAUUGUUGGAGAGACGAAUCUUCUGCCCUCUGGAAGCAUCUGUGCAUGCACCUCAGUCAUAUUCAAAGUGGAGGCAAACAAUGACAGCAAAAAGUAUGAGGCAGAAAUUGAGUUCAUUAAAAAAGAGGACUGGAAAGAGGAGUUGUGGUUUAACAAGAAUCUCCUGGAGGAUGAUGAUGAUGAUGCUCGUGAUAAGAUGACAGCACUGUACAGAACAGAUUGGAAAUCAAAAUCUGUUGAGGAACUCAUGGACAAGAAAUAUUUCAAAGAAAUUCCGGAAUUCCUCAGUUCGGACAAGAAAAAGUUGAAAUGUGAUUCUGCUAAAGAGCUAAGUGAAAAAAUUGUCAAAUACAUAAGCGCCUCAAGCGAGGAAGACGAUGGAGAGAGACAGUACUGGCCCUUAGUGGAAUGCGUGACUGUCAGGUUGCCUAACAAGGAUCUUCUUAAGCAUGUCACACUUGUGGACCUUCCAGGAAAUGGAGACCGUAACAAGGGCAGAGCCAACAUGUGGAAAAAGAUGGUUGGAAGUUGUUCUACUGUGUGGAUUGUGGCUGACAUUAAUCGAGCAGCAUCAGAGACAGAAGCUUGGGAGAUCCUUCAAAAUGCCAGUAGCCUGAUGGGAAAUAGUGGCGAGUGUCAGCGCAUUCACUUUAUCUGCACCAAGUCUGAUGAUGUUGGUGUGCAGUCAGGAGCUGAUGUUCGUGGUCUUGUGCUCAAAAGAAACGAAGUAGCCAAGCGCCAAGUGAACAAAGAAUUCAAAAAAGAAUACAAACAAUGCAGUGAACAAUUCUCAUUUGAAGUGUUCACUGUGAGCUGCAAGGAGUUUAAUGAAAAUGUACAUCUACAGCCAGAUGACACUGAAAUUCCCAGACUUCGGGAUGUUCUGCAAAGUCUGAAUAACAGUCACCCAGAGGCAUUAAACUAUGUGUCUGGAGCUCGUGGGAUUCUCUCUCUGAUUCAAGGGACAAGAUGCAGGGGCGUGGCUGAAAGUAAAAUGAAGGCUUGCAGCGACCUUGAAGAAAAGAUGCAGCAUGGACUCAAAGUACUCCAAAAAGCAAUCGACGAGAUUUGCAGGACUUUCAAACGAUGCCUCACUGAGGGGGUUAAAGAAUCACAAGAUUCAUGCGAAGGACAGAUGAAGUCCAUGUUACAUCCUGGAAAAAAGGGUGGGGCUUUCCACAAGACAUUGAAGUUUGCUGUUAUGAACAAUGGCGCCUUCAUAGCAAAGAAAGGAAGGAAAAAGAACAUCAACACGAUUUUAAGUUCAAAACUGACUGGCUGCAUUGAUGACGAAUUCAGGAUGACCUUCCCAAAUGAAGAUAAAAGUGGACCAUUCAAGGGCGCCAUUGAUUCGUUUUCACUGGACACAGAGGGGAUGAUUAACACCUACAAAGAUGUUGAUCUGCAACUGCGUUUUCUCAAGACAGAGGAGGACAAACUCAAGACAAAACUCAAAGAAAUCAUCCGGGAGGAUAAGAAAAAAAUCUACAGCAGUCUGACGGAGACAAUUGAGGAAAACAUGCAGAAAUGCUAUACAGACGCUGCUAACUUUACAGGAAAAGGCUCCCUGGAAAACAUGAGGCGCACUAUUGAUGAGCAUGUACAUGAUAAAAAGGACACCAUGUUCAAGAUGGCGAAAGACAACAUGCUGAAGCAACUAAAUGAGCUGAAGGGGAAAAUCUUGGAAACGCUGGAGGAAACCCUGAUGGAAUCAAUCGAGCGGUCACUCUGGACAGAUGACUGCUCAUUCCCAGAUGUUUCAGUAGCGGUUGCCAGGGUGGAGACAUUCUACAGUCAACUGGAAGCCAACCCAAAUCCAAACUGAGCUUUCAAACAAAUGUUCCUUACUGUCAAUGACAAACAAUGACAACACAUUACAAGAAGAACCCAACAAAAAUACACAUUACACUAUAAUACACAUUUUCAUCAAGAUAUUAUCCUUGUUCUCUUUGGUUCUACUUUAAAUUUGUUUUUUUGUACAUUACAUGCAGCGAUUUUAAUGUUUGUUUUGGCAUCGGGCAUUUUCAUCAUGGACUGAUCAUAGUCCAAAAGAAGGUGGCUGACAUGCAGAGGUCCACAGUCUCGUUCAAAUCAGGAACACUGUGGUGAAAAUGCUACAGAUCUUUGCCACUGGGCCCGAAUGGCUUUGUCUUUUCAAUGCUAAAACGUUUUCAUUUUUUUCUGUCAAUGAUUUUAUUUAGUUUCUUGUGUAUUACUUGAUUAGCACAUAAGUGCUUCCGAUAUUAAGGAUGUUUAACGUGAAUCUGAGAUCUUGAAUACCAGUUUUAAUUAUAGGCUGGAUUAGACAUAAACUCUUAGCUUUUCGAGUAAUGAUCUCAGAUGACUUUGUUUCAUUCUACUUUUUAUCUUUUUUUGAUCUUGCUAAAGAUAUUGGAUAAAUGAUUAUUGCUGUGUUCUGGGAGGCAGAAAGGGAAGUGUGAAAACUUGUGGUACUGGUUGGACACCAAAAAUCUGUUAGCUUAUGCGACAUUAUCAUUGUCAUAAUAAAUCGAUGCGAACUUUAUUUACUGUUUUCAGGCCAAACAAUCUCAGUACAGGAAAGCUGAAGGUAUAGAAGUUGUGCAGGUUAUCAAACGCAAGAAUAAUUCAUGCAAGAAAACAGAACAUGCAGACACAUGGAUGGUCUAUCAAUGGGGAUAAAAAUGUUUUUAUUACUCAAAUAAACAAAUGAUCAAACUGA